UUUUGAGUCCUACUUCAUUACCCAACUUAAAAUGUUGGGUAACUUUACCCACUUGACAUGUCUCUCAUAGAUUGGUUGUUAUUUAUUUCAUUUGUCAUGUCAUCAAUACAUUUUAGUUUUUAAUUUUUACCCAUAUCAUUUUAUAAUUGCAUAUUUGUCCUAACUCUCAAUUUAUUUUAAAUUAUUAUUUUUAAUUAAAAAAAUAGAAGUUUCUUUUCAUUCAUUUUUUAAAUGGAUGAAAUUGGGAAACCUAACAGAAGCAAUCAAAGCUCAGAACCAAUACAACAAUGGCGGAAGUUGAAGUCGCAGCAGCUUGUUGAGUUAAUGCUGGGAGGUUUGAAAAGCGCUACUUUGCUCUGCCUUCUCAGACACCUCUCUUGUGGCUCAUUCCUUUCCCUGCUAACCUCCGCUCACCAUCAUGCGCUUGCCGUCCGCAAUCCUCUGUACGUUGAUUCAUUUUAAUUAAGCAAUAAGAAACGAUAAGAAGGAUGUGUUCGAUUCAGGGGUCAAUAAUUAUUAUCAAUUAGUUUCAUUUUUUAGUUGGAUUUGAUAUACCUAGAGAAAGGUUGAAAGGAAUAAACUGGUUCUUUGCCCGAGUAAUUAACUAGAUUGAGUUGGAUUUUGAGUUGAAUUUUGAUGAUUGUUAUGUAUGUUUCUAUUUUCUUAUGUCUUUAUGAAACAGUAUUGAUUCAUCAGUGUCAUAAGAGGGACUCAACCUUUGAAACAUGACAUUUCUAUGUGUCAGUAUAUCCUCCUUUCAUCAUUAAUUCUCAUCCAACAAUAUUUUCAGUUUUUUAUCACUGUACCCAAAAUCCCUUGGUCUUGGUUAAUGAAUACUCCACCUUUUUGUUCAAGGCAAGUAACAUUAGCUUCCUGAUCUUACUCAUAUCAGGUUCUUGUUUGUAUUUGUAUUACUUCAGUGAUACCCCUAGAUAGGAGAAAUAAUUGUUUUUUUUUGUUUUUUGUUAUUAUAGAUAAAUAUUACUUUCUUAGUUGUUAAAUUAUAAACUUUCAUCCUAAUGCAUCACUCAGUAUUCAUUUUUACUCACAUAAAAAAAGAUAUAGGUCAAUUUCUAAGCAUUAACCAUGAAAAUGACAAGAUUUUGGGCACUUUUUAUAUCACACUAUAUACAUAAAUUUUAUUAGACAAAAUGACAACUAUUUUUACAACAGCAGUAACCUAUAGUUAGAAAUUUUCAGCAUUGAUCUCUCUUCUCUUCUAUUCUAUUGUCACUUUCUCUCAUUCUCUCACAAUACCCUUUUUUCUUGUUUACAAACCUUGCCCUUUUUAUGCACCUUUUCAUAUACUUUCCCCUUUUAAAACUCUUCAUUUGUGAAGUGUGUGUUAGAAAAAAAAGUUAUGAUGAGUUUGAAAACAAGUAACAAGAAAAUGAGAAGAGGUUUUAUGUGCCAUUCUCAAUCCUCAACAGCAGUGUGUAUGAACACACGUGAUCCUCGUUCUGUUGUUGUACCUAAGAGGAUUGAAAAGAGUGUUACUCUUGAUGAUACAAGAAUCAUCAACUUUGCCAAAUAUUCCAAAUCUGUUGAGUCUCCUAUGUCCAAUCCUGCCCCGAAGAUCAUGCUUAGAGAGAACUCGGUGAAGAAUCAAAAUUAUCAAGCUAUUGAACCAAGAGAACUUCAGAAAACACCAACAAAUAAUGUUUUUCAGGUGGUUGUGAUGCGGGUUGCGAUUCAUUGUCAAGGAUGUGCUGGAAAAGUGAAAAAACAUAUCUCUAAGAUGGAAGGAGUUACAUCAUUCAGUAUGGUUGUAGAGUCUAAGAGGGUGACAGUGAUGGGGCACAUUUCUCCGGUGGAAGUUGUUGAUAGUAUUUCAAAGGUGGAAAAGGCUGAGCUUUGGAGUUAAAGCACUUCACUCAUAAGGAAUGAUAGGAGAUGCAGAGAUAGAUUCGAAGAACUUUGAAUUUUUCCUUUGUGUUUGUGGUUCUCAAUAGUUGGUGUUUGUGGUCCUCAAUAGUUGGUGGUAGAUACAUAGAUACCUACUCAAUUGACUUGGUUUUUUUUGGGUAAUGUUCAAUGAUAUUUUAAUUCUUGUUGUAAUUUUUAAUACAACUUUCAUCUUAA